UAUAUUAUAAAUAUGGUGCAUAUUCCUCAUUUGAUUGUUGGUGCUGGACCGUAAUACAUUAUAAACUUUAUAGAGUUGGUCUCAUUUUGGGACAUUAUUUUAAGAGAUUUAACAUCCCUUUUCAAAUAUUCGAAAAGCAAUCCUUUUUAUCUGCACAUCCAUCAGCUCAUUAUUUAAAUAUGAGAACUAUGGAAGUACUACAUUAUAUUUUAUAUAUAGAUUCUUGAUGAAUUAAACAUACAAUUACCAUUAGAAAAUAUCCAACAUUUUUCUAAUUAUGUAUAUUUACGUAGAAUUGGAGAAACACCAUUAAAUAGUACAAGUUAAUUAAUAGAUUAUAAAUAAUAUUCUUAUACAAGUUAUGCUCAUUUACCAUAAAGUCUCUUUGUUCAAUAUGUUUAAUAAGGAAUAAGAGAUAAAAUUUAAUUAAAUAAGGAAAUUAAGAAAAUUGAAUUCAAGGAUAAAAUUAUUAAAGUUAAUGAUGAUAUUACAUGUGAUUAUUUAUAUGGUUGUGAUGGAUUGAAUGGUUUUGUUAGAGAUUAUUUAAAAAUUAAAUUAAUUGGUAAUAGAGAUCUCUAAAGAUUUUUAAAUAUUCAUUUUACUUCUAAAUAAUUAAUAAAUAGACUUGAAUAAUAUAAUUCAAUGUUAUCAUUCAUAUAUAAUUCUGAUAUAACAGCAGUAAUUAUUAAACAUAGAAUUGAAGAUGGAACUUUUGCCAUUUAAAUACCAUUAGAUUUAUUGACAGGUAAAACUGAUAUAUAAGAAAUCUAACAUAUUAAAUAAGAUCAUGUUUUAAUUAAAAAUCUAAUAAAUAAAACAUUACUUAAUUAAAUAAAUGAUAUAGAAAUAAAAUCUGUUGGAUUUUGGAGAAUGGGUGCAGUAUAUGCAGAAUAAUAUUAUAAGAAUAAUUGUAUUCUUGUAGGUGAUGCAUGUCAUGGAAUGCCUCCAGCUGGUGGAUUUGGAAUGAAUACAGGAAUUUAAGAUGCUUAAAAUUUAGCAUAUAAAAUUAAAGAACAAAAAAAUCUUUUGUAUUAUUAAUAAGAGAGACAAUAAAUUGCAUAAGAUAAUAUAGAAACUGCUUUAAAAUAUUAUAAAAAGUCUCUUGAUAUUGCAAAAUCAUUUACAUUUGAUAUUAAUAAACUCAAAAUAUACUAAAGUUAUAUGAAAAAUUUUCCUGAUUUUCUAUAUUAGACGGGUGUUAGAUUAGGAGGAUCUCUUAUUGAAUUGGAUCCAAUAUAUAAGAGAUUAAAAGUAAAUGAUUAUAUCCCUUUAGUAUUUCCUAAAGAGGAAAUAGGUUUUAAAUACAAUUCAGGAGAUAUAGGAGAUAAAGGUGGUGAAUUAGCACCAUUAAUUGUAAGAGAGAUUUUAAGAAAUAAAGAGAGAAAAUGGUAUAGUAUAAAUUGUGAUUCUAAUUACUAAAGAAUAAAUAUUGAGAAUGUUAAUUAAAUGAUUGUGAGAAGUGAUAUGC